UGUGCGCGCGCGCGGCGGAGUUGCACUUUUUUUGGAGGAGGGGGGUGCUGAAAGUCAACUUGUUCAUUGAGUCGGACAGGAAGGUAGACGGGAGGCAAACCGGUCCAUUGAGUGCACCGGAAAUGGCCAAAGACCAACAACUAUAAUAAGUUAUCAUUAUUAUUAUUACUAUUAUUAUUAAUUCAUAGAGCAUAUUGCUGGGAAGUAUGAAGUAGAAUCUGGUUCGUGGACGCGCAUCUCGCGGAGGGCUGAAGUACCUUGAACAGCGGUCGGAUGGAUUGACUGUGGGUUCGCAGCCCGCUUCCCUCCUUCGUCACUUUCAUGUUCAUUCAAAGAGCGGCGACCCAACAGGAAGGAGGGCUCGGUGACACUCGCACACACGCACGCACGCACGCACGCGCGCGCGCGCGCACACACACUCGCUCACACACACUUUAUUUCCAGUGGGAGUAACGUGUGCGCGCGAAGAUGCGAGGGUAUCUGGUGCCGAUGGCUUGCGUGGUGAUGAUGUGCGCGCUCACGGCGCGCUGCACCCCGGCGCCGGGCGCCGACCCGCGCGCUGCAGUGUCACAGGAGACGUGCGCGUCGUGCGGCAUCGGCAAGCCGGAGGAGUCUGCGCGCGUGGACGCGGACUUCGUGGAGGCGGUGAAGAGGCACAUCCUGAACAGGCUGCAGAUGCGGGAGCGACCCAACAUCACGCAGCCCAUCCCGAAGGCUGCCAUGGUGACGGCGCUGAAGAAGCUGCACGCGGGCAAAGUGCGCGAGGACGGCCGGGUGGAGAUCCCCAGCUUGGACGGACACGCCGUCCACAGCAACGAGACACCGGAGGAGACGUCAGAAAUCAUCAGCUUCGCGGAAGCAGAUGAGCAGCAGUCGUCUCAGUCAAGCCUCUACUUCGUCAUCUCCAACGAGGGCAACCAGAAUCUGUACGUGACGCAGGCCAACCUGUGGCUCUACUUCAAGCUUCUGCCCAGCAGCUCAGAGAAGAGCGCGCGGCGGAAGGUGACGGUGAAGGUGUUCUGCCAGGAGCCCGGCACAGGCGGCAGGUGGAACCUGGUGGAGAAGCGGCUGGAGCUGAAGCGCAGCGGUUGGCAUACUUUCCCGCUGACGGAGGCCGUGCGGGCGGCGUUUGCCACCGGCGACCGGCGCCAGGACCUGGACGUGCGCUGCGAGGGCUGCGAGGCCGCAAGCGCGCUGCCCGUCCUGGUCGCCCCCGACGACGAGGCGCAUCGGCCCUUUCUGGUGGUGCAGGCCCGGCAGGCGGACAACAAGCACCGCAUCCGCAAGCGGGGCCUCGAGUGCGACGGCACCAGCAGCCUGUGCUGCCGCCAGCAGUUUUACAUCGAUUUCCGGCUAAUCGGCUGGAACGACUGGAUCAUCGCGCCCUCGGGCUACUUUGGGAACUACUGCGAAGGGAGCUGCCCGGCCUACAUGGCGGGGGUGCCCGGCUCGGCGUCCUCCUUCCACACGGCCGUGGUGAACCAGUACCGCAUGCGGGGGAUGAGCCCCGGCUCCAUGAACUCGUGCUGUAUCCCCACCAAGCUGAGCACCAUGUCCAUGCUCUACUUCGACGACGAGUACAACAUCGUCAAGCGGGACGUGCCCAACAUGAUCGUGGAGGAAUGUGGCUGUGCUUGAGUCCCCCUAAACAGGACCUUGGAACUCUGCCUGCAGGGGACUGAUGGUACAAAAUUAAUGGAGGUAUACGUUUGUUCCUGUUAUUUCCAUAACACCACAUCCUAUAUCCACCCACAAACAAACGUGCACAGAUAAAGCAUACAUAGACAUGUACAUAUAUUUAUGUCUGUUAAUAUAAUACGGUAGAAGUUUUUAUCGGUUCUGCCAACAUCCCGGCCGCUCCUAUUAAAAAGAAUGAAAAAUGCGUAAAAAAAAAAAAAAAAAAAACAAAAAAAACCCUUAGGUCUCACCGUCAAAUAGAGGAGAACAGUAAUCGCUUCUAUUUUUUUAGCUUGCCAUUUUUAUACAAAAAUUGAGUUUGUCUAGCUUCCCGUGAAGACGGAAAGAGCCUUAGAAAGUCAACGAAGGAGGUGUGUCGGCCUGCCGAUGCGGUCACGUUUCGGCGAACGCUUCGCCCGUGCGAGGACCUCCCGAAAGCGCCCAACGCUUGGAACUAUCAGCACUUCUGACAAGGAGCACAUCGCCGCGAUGUGACGCUGCGUCCCGCAAACGGUCCUCACAAUAUAUUGUUUCUUCGUUAUAUAUAAAUUUUUCACCCAGCAAUUUGCUAUUACAGCACACAUUCGAAGGACGGAUGUAACCGCCUGUGUUUUGACCGUGAGACUAGAGGCAGCAGACCCUCCUCCUCCUCCUCCUCCUCCUCCUCCUCCGUGCUCCUUUCACAGCGCAAGAUAAGCGAGGGGCCGAGCGGUCCUCACCCGGGACGUCCCGGUGUGCGUGCGGAAGGCCAGCGAGGAGGGAGCUCGACAGGUUAGGGUGGGUGGACAGGGGGGCAUCACUCUGGCAACGCUCCCCCAGCUUGUGGGCUUGAAGCCCCCUCUAGAAGCUCAUCUGAUGAACUUAAACGGCUGACGCAAACAAUCGUGCUCGUCUCUUCUCAGCAGAAGCCAAGAGUUGCCAUACUGCUCAGUUGGUUACGGUGCAGCAUAGCACUUGCAAAAACUGCUAAAUGCACAUUUUAUAGCACUUGCAGACUGAAAUGCCUUUAAAAGGGUAUGAAGUGGUGGAACCCAGAGCCCUUACUCAUGAUCAUAUUGAAAUAAGUGCCGCUCGAGCUAUGCAAUGUAUAGUAUUGACCCACA